UUACCGCAAGCGAAGAGACAUUCAGUCGAAGAGAGUCUUUCGUAGUGAACUGUACGAGUUGUAUUAUUAUCGUAGGUGCUAUAAGCUACCAGGUUGAUAUCAGCAAGAGAAAUUAGGUUGACUGUGUGCGACAACAGAUAGGUGGAAAAGUGUGACCUUGUGCUUUAAAAAUACUUCAAAAAGUGCACCCGUUUCGUCGCAGCAAAACCGGCGAAGGUCGAUUCGGAUAAUCGAUACUCAGUAGUAAGAGAAACAAAGUGUGAACCCGUGCCAGAAGCUUCUUAUCCCAAUCCCGGAGAUUUGUUUGACCGCAGCGAAAAAUGGCCGACAGUGCAAACAAACGCAACAUCCCGAUCAAGCUGGGCGACUUCAGUGUGAUUGAUACGGAGUUUGCCAACAUCCGCGAGCGCUUUGAUUCCGAAAUGCGAAAGAUGGAGGAAGAGAUGGCUAAAUUUAGAUCGGAACUGAUGAAUCGCGAGUCCAACUUCUUCGAAACCUCUUCAAGUUUUUCCACCAAAAAGACAGCGACUUCUAGCAGCACAACCGUAUCGAACGCAGCGUCGUCACUGCCGCACCCCCCGAGCACGACACAGGCCCAGGGCAUCAAUUCGCCGCUGAUACAGGAGGAUGGCGACAACAAGGUGCUGAAGCUUCGGUUCGACGUCAGCCAGUAUGCCCCGGAGGAAAUCGUGGUCAAGACAGUGGACAACAAACUACUGGUGCACGCUAAACACGAAGAAAAGUCCGACACCAAGUCCGUCUACAGGGAGUACAACCGGGAGUUCCUGCUGCCAAAGGGAUGCAAUCCGGAGCUGAUCAAGUCCUCGCUGAGCAAGGAUGGUGUGCUGACGGUGGACGCUCCGCUACCACCACAGGCGCUGACCGCCGGUGAAACUAUGAUUCCAAUUGCCCACCACUAAAGGAGAGGGCAGAGACAGCCGAAAGCCGGAUUCGUUCAUUCAGCCAUAUUGCUAAAAAUUCAAGAGAGUGCAUUCAGUAGAGCGACAAGAAAAUCAAAAACAACAUGCUUUUUACUCAUAAUCAUUUUAAACGUUUUGCUAGAAAUCGCCGACUCGCCAGUCGGUGGAGAGAGAAAGUUUUUUAGGACAAAAAACGAAGCUGUAUUAAGACAAGAUAUUAAUAACUAUAGAAACCGAAGCUAUCUCUGUUCGGUGGAGAGUAGGCCAUCUCCCUUCUCCCUCUCAUUGAUACCAGUAAAUCCAUGUGAUACGAAACGAAUGCGUGCGCACACUAUUACUUAAUUUUGCACCUCCAACCUGCAUAAAAAACAACGAUACGCUCUGCACCGAAUCAUAAAAAAAAAAACUGGAACAGUCUAUAAAGUGGCCUUUACACGCAUGAUUAAUCAGUUUAAGUAAGAAACAAUAGCCUCAUUCGAAACAACAACCUAGACACAACAGUGCAUAUGGAACUUUGAUAUUCAGGAAGAUUUUACACUUGGCCAAAACCGAUAUUGAUUCUUGUACGACCACCGGCCGCCCGAUUACUGCUAUAAAGUUAUUAUUGAUUGGAUAUUGAGAUAUAGGAAUUACAGCUCUAGAUAAAAGAGAGGUCCUCGAUCACGGGGGUUUUCAUUUGUGUUUUUUUUUGUCGAAUAUACGAUUGAUGAUGCAUUACAAUCGGACACUACAAUCGUUUGUGUAUUUUGUGCUUUAUUUAUUUUAUAUAUCGUAUAAAAUCUGUGAAUGUCAGAGAUUAAAACAAAAUUCUUGCUGAA